AUGGGUGAUGUUAGUUCCAAAUGGCAAGAGAUCGUGGAGUGGCUGUUGGCUCGGGCUCGGUCUAAAUCGGCUAGGAAUUAUAUAGCCAAAAUUCUGGUUGCGGCUGCGGUGUACUUUAUUUGGCAAGAAAGAAAUGCUAGAACUUUUAUGAAUCAGUUGAGGCCUCCGGAGAAACUUAGUGAGAUUAUUUUAAAUACGGUCCGAUACAAGCUGAUGGGAGCUAAACUAAGGGAUACCUCAAAUGUGAGGAGACUUCUUGAAGACUUUACGUUGGUCCAAGUGGAUCGAAAUCCGUUGGAUGGUCAGUUGCGCCUUUUGGAAGCCCAAUGCUUGAAAGAAUUUCAAGAAGCCGCUUAUGAUGAAGAAUGCUUUUUAAAGCAGAAGUCGAAGGUUGAAUGGUUGUGUGCUGGAGAUUCGAACACGAAAUUUUUUCAUAACACUGUCAAGUCCAAGAAUGCUAGAGUCAAAAUUUAUAGUGUUGUGGAUUCUAUGGGGACGAGACAUGAAGGUGAAGCGGUAGCUGAUGCCAUGGUGUUACAUUAUUCGAAUUUUUUGGGUUUCGAGUCUCAGGUGGAAUCGGCAAACUUGGAUAACUUAUUCUCUAAUGUUCUAUGUAAUGAUGUUGCCGAGCAUAUGGUUCGCCCGAUUACUCGUGAGGAGGUUAAGAGCGCCAUGUUUAGUAUUGGAGAUGAUAAAGCUCCAGGGCCUGAUGGGUAUACUUCGGUUUUCUUCCAGAAAGCUUGGGAUAUAGUAGGGAAUGAGCGAACUACUCCGAUGGCUUCUCUCUGGCGAUUCUGGCGACUCAACCUGUAA